GUUGUUCAUGUUGUAACCAAAAACAACCAUACCUCUCAUUUCACUCAUUUCCAUCUGACCAAGCAACAAGAAAUUUGUGGAUUCAUGCUGUAAGAAGAGAAGAAGGGCCGAAUUUCUCUGUGAGGAAAGGCAACACUUACGUCUGUAGCAGACACUUUGCCAAGGAGGAUUACUUCGGUGGAACAACCAUCAGUCGCCUUAAAAGUGGUGUUGUCCCAAGCCUGUUCCCUUGGAACAAUUUUACAGCACCACUCAAAAGGGAGUCUGUAUUUGAAAGGGUGAACAAACGUCAGCUGGUCCCCUCCCAGGCGGAUGACAACAGUGCAGCUUCUAAGGCUAUUAAAAUGGAUCACGAUUAUGUGACACACCCACCCGCAGGAGCACUGGAUGAGGCCCUGGGUUACAUUGAAGAUUUGGAAGCCAGACUGAAGAGAGUAGACCUGCCAUCUCCCACCCUCUUCAGCAGAUAUUGUGCAUCAGAUGACCAAAUCAGAUUCUACACUAAAUUUCCAUCUGAGGGUUUAUUUAGAAUCUUUUGGGAGUCUAUCGCACCAUCUGCCUCUCGACUGGUGUACUGGACCAAGGCAAAGAGGAUCGGGGAUGAAGCCUGUCCUGAACCCAGCCCACCUCGCAUCAUGCCAUUAAUUGAUGAGUUUUUGAUGUACUCUUUCCGGGUUGCUGUGGGCAUGAAAGAGCAGCUAAUUGCUGACAUGUUUAAUGUGAGCAUUGCCACUGUCAGCAGGGUUACCAUCACCUGGGCUAAUUAUCUUUUUAUCGUGUUGUCCUCAGUCAAAAUCUGGAUCAAAAGGGAAAAGGUCAAAUUAAGUAUGCCACCGAAAUUCCAGAAAUACUGUCCUAAUGUCAGGGUCAUUCUGGAUUGCACAGAAAUUGCUCUGGAGAACGCCUCAUCCUUGACCUUGCAGUCAGAAACCUUUUCCAACUACAAGAACAGAACAACACUGAAAGGCCUCAUCGGAGUAGCUCCCUGUGGUUUGAUUACAUUCAUCUCACCUCUUUACACUGGCUGCAUUUCAGACAAGGAGAUCACCAAAAUUUGUGGAAUCCUUCCCAUACUGGAGCCAGGGGACGAUGUUAUGGCAGAUAAGGGCUUUCUUAUUGAAGACCUCCUUGCUGAAGUUGGAGCAAAGCUGAUCAUUCCACCUUUUAAGCAUUCAGCACAAUUCAGCAAGGAAGAAACAGCACAAACCCAAGCCAUUGCCCGCCUCAGGAUUAUAGUGGAGAGGGCGAUAGCCAGAGUGAAGUCCUUCCACAUCUGGGACUCCCCUGUACCACUUACACUGAUUGGAAGCGUGAAUCAGAUGUGGCUCAACUGUUGUGUCCUGUCCAAUUAUCAGGGACCUUUUUGUCUUGAGGAAUAA